GGCAGCGCACUAGCGCUCCUCAGUUUUUAUGGCUCAUUACGCCUUUAACCGGCAACCAGUCAACACACGUCCCUCAACUCCGUGUAGUUUUGCGCGAUACAAUAUGCGUCCGGCUGCCACGAAAUCAAACCAGGGAGAGGACAUCACUCUGGAAGAGGUCCGCCAAGGAGAUCGAGCCAUGGUGAUCCCGAUCGAAAACCAACAACGAGAAGCUGAUCAAGAAAAUGCUCCGGGAGCAGCAAUUGUUCGUCCAUUGAACUACGCCGCAGGACACUCAAUGCAGGAUAGCCCUAUCUGGAUGCGCCAUCUAGACUUUGCUUUCUGGCUUAUGAUCGUCAUCUUGAUAAUCUACCUGAUCUGCAUCAUCGUCGUCCUGGUAUCGACUUAUGAAAUUCAGCAGACCAUUAUAAUGCUGCUAGACCAUCCUUCACUAUAUUAACAGCCGAACUAAUAAACUAAUUAUUAACAACCUAUCACUAAUAUCAAAACCCGAAACUUGUUCUGUAUUGCAAUAAAUUUAGUUUGGACGAUAUCAA